AUGCCUCGGAGAACGUUGUCUGGUUCCUCACACGGUUCCUGCCCGUCUCCUAGCCCCUUAUCAGACGAGCAGUUCGCCUUCUCCGCGGGUAACACGCCCGUGCGGGAGAUCCCGCCCUCAUAUGUGGCGUCUGCUGGCAGAGAUGCCCUUCUUUUCGGUACCAGAGAAGUCAACAGUAAAUCUCAAACCACCACCUUUGUGUCAGAGUCCAAGAAUGCAUCCAAGGUCGUAACUCGAAGCAAACCUAUCGCAAUUGAACUACCACCCACCAGGAGACUUAGUACCGCUCCUGUUGAAACACCGCCGUCACCCCUCUCUGCUCGAGGGGACAUUCAAGGGGGAUACUUCCCUCACCACGAGGACCCAGCUACCCGAGUUCAUCGACCUCACCCAUUCUUCACUCUUGAUCCAAGCAAGGCACGCCAUCAAGCCUUACACAAGGCGGCCGAAACUACACACUUUUCUGUUCCCCUCACUGAUUCUCGAGUACGGACAAUGGCAAACGAUCUGUCUCACUCUCACUUGGGCUCCUCAGUUGGUGCCACUGGGUCAACUGGCCUGCAUACGCCGGUGUCUUCCUAUAUGCCGUCUGGAGUUCACGACAACAUUGCGCUUCCGAUGGGAAAGUACUACCCGACGAACUACGAGAACCGGAUGGCCAGCAACUCAAACCAGUACAAGAGGCCCUCAGCAAGAGCGGAUGCCGCAGGAGUUGCUCACUCCGAACCCCAGCUGAAAUACCGCCGAGAGAACAGCCGCCUACGCACAGGUUCCGAGGCUAAGCGCCUAGUCGAACAGUAUCAGAGAGAUAUGGUGGCCCAGGCAUCAAUGGCGCUUUUCUCCAACGCCUCCAGUAUGUCACCGUCGACUAGGAUGUCUGACAACGCGGCGUUGAAGAACAUCCAACUAGGGGCUACAAUGCUCAAGACGCACAAGCCCCUGUCUCCCAGGCUUGUGCCACUGGGAAGCCCUGGACCUGUUACGCCGAUGGAGUUGGACGGCAAUGGAGACGGCUACUUGAGCAGGGGACGAGCCGCUGUGGUGAUGGAUGCCGGAUCACAGAACGCGGACAUCGCCAGGGUCAUCAGAGUGGAGGAGAGACAACGAAUAGAGGCCAAGUCGCCUGGCUGGGACAUGAAGUCAUCAUUCUAA